UUUGGUAGGUACUUGUUGCGGUGGCCUAAGUGCACCACUUGACCUAUCUCGCAGUUCCUGACUUGUUGCAUCUCAACCUCCCUCGCGCACAACCACAAGCACAACCACCACACAAGCUCUUUUACCCUCGCACACUGCACACAGCACGAAAGAAACCAGUAUGUCGUCUCAACAGGAAGAGAGUUCAGCCAGCUUGUCGGGCCAAGGUGGUGCGAACGCCGGACUGAACGCAUCUGGCAGCGCAGAAGCCAACAGCAAAAGUACGAAAAAGACGCCCAAGAAGUUGGGCCAAAAGAAGCCCGAGCAGCAACCCACUCCCGAUCACACGGAAAACGAAGUCGAGGCCGGAGCAGAGCAAGAGGCAUCAGCAGAAGCCGGCGCCGAAGCUGACGGCGACGGAGAGUCUCAAAUGGAGCCCGAAGUGGCACAGUCUCGCCAACAGUCGCGCCGCCGCCAGAGUCGAGGCCGCGGCCGCAAAGGAGGGCAACAGGAGAGUGACACGGAAUCUAUUGCUCGCAGCGAUCAAAGCGCUGCGGGAGGACGCCGCCAGCGACAGCGUCAAAAGAAGCAACAGCAAACCAAGAACUCACAGGGCGGUCCGCUGGACGGCAUCACGGAAGACCUUCCUGGUGGCGAAGUCGUCAACCAGGCGGGCGAACUCGUACAGGGGACCGCUGGCAAUGCGGUCAACAGCGUCGGCGACACUGCCGGAAAGGCACUGGGCGGCUUGACGGGCGGCGGCAAGCAAGGACAGGAGGAAGGCGGAGGCGGGAAAGAUGAGGGUGGUGGUGAACAGUUGCGACUUCGGCUGGAACUCAAUCUUGAUAUUGAGAUUCAGUUAAAGGCUAAAAUCCACGGAGACCUCACGCUCGGUCUCUUGAAUUAGAUACAUGUAGAGCAGAGCAGACCAUUGCGCUCCAGUCCAAGUAAAAUAGGGGGAGUUUGUUGGUAAUUCCGUUGAAAUUUUGGAUUGAUGAUUUUGAUGGCGAGACGUGCAAAUGUACUUUACCUACCUUACCAUCAUCUACCUAUCUACAUGUACCUCCUAGUUGAUGAACUCAACUCGAGUACACA